AUGCGGAACGAUGAAGAAGAUGAGAAUAUGGUUGAUGAAGCAGUUAGCAUGUUAGCAGCAGAAGCAGCAUCGGUUGGUAUUCGAGGUGUUACUGGUAGCAGUGCUUCUGGUAGCAAUGGUUCACAGACACCAAUACCGAAUGGUUCAAGUGGUGAACAACAUCCGAUCACUGAAACACAUGGCCAUUCUAUAAGUCCACCACAUGCAUCAUUCUUCGAGAGAGUUUCUACAAGAUGGUGGAAUCCACAUUUUUCAUCAACAGCUCUAGAAACGCAAUAUUGGAAAUGCAGUUUUCCACAACUCAGAGAUAGAUUUAGAUCUGGACUUGUAUACAUUUGUUUAUCAUGUAUUUUAUGGAUUAUAUAUUUGGAAAUUUUUAAUCAUGCUAGCUUAAUACACUGGCUAAUAUCGAUCACUUUAUUUGUAAUAUCAUUUGGAAUGUUUCUCUUUACAUUAUUUUCCGUACAUUAUCAACGUUUUUAUAUGCCAGCAUCAUUUCUUUGUGUUUUUAUACUUUGUACUGUAACUCUACUUAUUUUCUCUGAUAAAUCCGGUUCUUUCAUGAGUCCUAUUGGUGAUUUAGCCACAAGUUUUCAGGUAGUAUUAUUAAUCUAUACAGUAGUUCCAUUACCACUAUAUCUAUGUAUUUGCAUUGGUUUAAUUUAUUCGAUAUUAUUCGAAAUGAUCACUGCUGGAAGUAUGAGUUACGGUGAUACGUUAGGUGUUAAACUUAUCCUCCAUUUUGGUAUCAAUCUACUUGGUGUUCAUUUAUUCAUUUUAACACAAGUUCGUCAGCGGAAAACGUUUCUAAGAGUAGGACAAUCGUUACUUGCGCGUAAAGAUCUAGAAAUGGAAACACAAUUGAAAGAUCAUAUGAUACAAUCAGUUAUGCCAAAAAAGGUUGCUGAUGAAUUGCUAAAAGAAACCAAUGUAAGAAGGUCAUCGGCUAGUCAAGAUGCAUAUUUACGUACGACAAGUGCAGAGAGUGCAAAAGAUCACUUCCAAAAUACUCGAGAAGCAAAUGCAUCAGCAGGAACAUUGUUAGCACCAAAUGUUCGAAAGUUUCGACCAUUUACGAUGAAUUUGAUGACUAAUGUUUCUAUUAUUUUUGCCGAUAUUGCUGGCUUUACAAAAAUGUCAUCAAACAAAUCAGCCAGUGAGCUGGUGAAUUUGCUUAAUGAUUUAUUUGGACGGUUUGACUAUUUAUGUGGUCUAUGCAAUCUCGAAAAAAUCAGUACAUUAGGUGAUUGUUAUUAUUGUGUAGCAGGUUGCCCCGAACCACGAGCUGAUCAUGCUCGUUGCUGUGUUGAAAUGGGCCUUGCAAUGAUUCUUGCUAUCCAACAAUUUGACGAAGAUCGUGGUCAAGAUGUUAAUAUGCGUGUUGGAAUACAUACCGGUAAGGUUUUAUGUGGUAUGGUUGGUAUGAAACGAUUCAAAUUUGAUGUUUUUUCAAAUGAUGUAACACUUGCAAAUGAAAUGGAAUCAACAGGAAUAGCUGGACGUAUACAUAUUUCGGAAGUUACUGCAAAAUUUUUAAAUAAUGAAUAUAUCCUAGAAGAUGGACCUGAUUAUGCUGGUAUGAAAACUUAUUUUAUUGCUGGCCGUGUGCGUGAUAUGUACAGUUCAAUGAAUAAAACGAAUUCCUGUUCUAAUUCAGUACGUGAUAUCUUUUCAACUGGAUCCCAAAUAAAUCAUUCCCAAAUAAGCUUCCGGAAGAGAUUAACAAAUAAAAUUAAAAUGAUGCAGACAACAUCAAUACCUGUUGAACGGUAUAGUGGUAAUUUGAAGAUGAAAAGAUUGGAAAGGAAGUGUGAAAGUAAUUCUGCACAAAUUCUUCAUCACAGUGAAUGUUUGGAUAAGAAUGCGAAUAGUAAAUCACCGGUUAUUGAAAAAAGGCGUAAAUCUGCUUCAUUACAUGCUUUACAUCCGGAUGAUACAAAAUCGUUCAGUAUAAUUGAUCAGUUAGAUAGUAAAAUGUCACGUGAACUACUAAACGGAAGUAGCAGACGUAAUUCAAAGAGUUCAGGAAUGCAGGAUUCAAUUUCGGAUACUUUUUCUUGUGCAGGUCCAAUCGAGACUGCAAUCUCCUAUCAUCAAAAUGCUCCAUCCUUAACACGAUUUGAUACAGAUGAUCGUGCUUUCGACGAACGCCUUGCUAUAGUGAUUCAGAAUUCAGAUAUUAAUUUUAAUCGUGGUUUCUGGAUGCGUAAUGAUUGGUUGAACAGAUGGACUCUACGAUUUAAUGAAGUAAACAUUGAAGAGCGAUAUAGGGCACAUUUUGCAGAAUCUGCUGACCAUCAAUGGCCUAGUUGUGAUGUAGGACGAUGCAAAAAUGCAUCACAAAUUGAUAACUCAGAUUUACAUUAUCAUUAUUCGGGUGUAUUUAUUGAUGUACUGGUAGCUGGGAUGUUACUUGUCAUUUGCGCAGUUGCAAUUCUUGUUUCGGGAAUGUUAAAUACAAUUUUUAUUAUAUAUUUUACGAUCUCACUUAUUGCUACAGUAUUGAUUAUCAUUGUCAUUGGUAUACCAUUGAUAAGGCGUCAGACGAUUUUCCCAUUUGUUAAUCUUUGGACACCACGUCAUAUUACAGGAAUGGUACUUAUAUUGCUACCAGCGGGUGUUGCAUUAACAGUAGCACCUUUAUGUGAUGAUAUUAUUGCCCAGGAAUAUGCAUGUAUUUCGCCAAAUUUGCUCACACAGCGAAUUUUAUUUUCUUAUAUAUUUCUGGUUGCAUUAUUUGCACAUUGCAAUUUUUCGCAACUCUCAGCUUGGCCAAAAACAGCUGAAGCAUUAUUAGUUGGUAUUGUAUUUCUAUGGCUUACUUAUGUUUGCCAGUAUCGAAUUGGUACAUUAGUCGACAAAUCAUCCAGUAAUUCAAAUAUUGAACAACGUUCCUGCAAUGGUACUGUGCCACUUUGGGCAUCAGGACGAUUUGGCUCUCCUAUUAAUUUACCUGAAAUUUGUAUCGAUGUCUUCUUGGUUGUCGUUUUAGUUGCUUUUCUCAAUUAUCAGUUUGAAGCUGCAUUUCGAAUGUCUUUCUUUGGUGAUGUGCAAGCACAACGUGACAUGCGGCAAAUGCAAGCGGUACGUGAUCAAGCUGAUUGGCUUCUAACAAAUAUCAUCCCACAACAUGCCAUAGAUUCCUUGAAAUCAAGUAUCAGAUAUUCUAAAAAUCAUGCUCUAACAGCGGUUCUUUUCGCUACAAUAACCAAUUGGAAUGAAAUGUAUGAAGAAACUUUUGAGGGAGGACGUGAAUUUUUACGAGUAUUAAAUGAAAUUAUUGGAGAUUUUGAUGAAUUGCUUGAUAGACCUGACUUCUCACAGGUUGAAAAAAUCAAGACUAUUGGACCUACAUAUAUGGCAGCAGCUGGAUUAAAUCCAGAUAAAAGGCGUUCAGCUCAGCAUCCUUAUGAACAUCUUUAUCAGUUGAUGGAAUUUGCAAUAGGUCUGCAACAACAGCUGAAUUAUUUUAAUCAAGAUUUGUUGAAUUUUGAUUUUGUUUGUAAAAUUGGCUACAAUAUUGGCCCGGUGACAGCUGGUGUUAUUGGUACCACGAAGCUAUACUACGAUAUUUGGGGUGAUACAGUGAACAUUGCAUCUAGAAUGUACAGUACCGGUGUGCAAAAUCGAAUACAGGUAUCUCAGAAAACUCGAGAUUUAUUGUGUGAUCGCUAUGACUUUGAAUAUCGUGAUCAUAUUGAAGUAAAAGGAGUAGAUGGUGGCAUGGAUACUUAUUUGUUAGUCGGUCGGAAGGGCGAACCACCAGUGAAUUUUACUCUUGCUUCUACCUUCUGA